AUGCGAACACAACCUACGAAAGAAGAACGAUGCUCCAGCGACAGUUCAGGGCAGAAGCAGGAUCCAAUCGAGCGUAGGAGGCUGCAAAAUCGGUUAUCACAAAGAAAUCAUCGUCGAAAGAUACGCGACCGUAUUGCGAAGCUUCAGGAGCGUGUGAUCGCCAGUGAGCUACGAGCAGCUGCAAGCCUUCAUGGCUGGGACCAUCCCAACUCGAUCGCUGGAUCGCCAGCGAUGGACCGCAUACCGUCUGUCUUCGACCCCAACGGAACUUCAACAGCGUCAAUGGUCGAUGCGUCCUCCGGUUUUGCAUCAGCAUAUAUGUCUCAGUCAAGGUUUCUCUGCUCAUCAUGCAACGCAGCGUUGGCACCCUUGCCGUUAUACUCGACACAAACGACUAUUGCAUCGCCUCUGUACGACAUCACCGAGAUAGACGCUUCGAAUACCGCUCCAUCUGGCCUCCGAAAUCACUCCUAUUUUCCACGGUCUGGCUCCGGCGGUUUAGACAUGCUGCAAGGCAUGUCCAGUGCGUAUUCCUCAACCGAAGCAAACGCACCACCUCUCUGCGAGCCAUGGAAUGGUCAGACUCAAUAUUCCGGGUCGUCGUUAUACUGCAUCACAACAGGUAAGAUGGAUCCGGCCUUGGACCGACCUGGAGCUGAUCGUCUGGCCGCAGAGGCGGCGUUGCCACAAAUCAUGCAAAACCUCAGCACGGGACCAACACGACCCAAAGCAAUCAUCGUUCUUUCAUCAAGUGCGCAGCAUGCAUCGAUCCCCACCAGUCUGCCAGCAUCACAAUCACCACCGACUGCGAGCAGCACCAUCGAACUUUCAGGAUCGUCAAGUCCUGUAGAGUUGCAUGAAUCCUUGUGCCAGUGCCAAAGUCAGGGAUCAAUGAUUGGGUCCCCUGGCAUGAUGGCAGCUGGUGAGUGGGUUAAUGCAGGUACUUCAACGUCGGUUUGUCCAUUACAUUCGAUGCCAGCCGAUGAGAGUAUGCAACUGAUGAUGAUGUGA